UACCUUGAAGCGACAAAGAGCGCAAGGCGCGGAUGACUGUGUGGAAAAUUUGAUUAUCAUAUCUCCAACGCGAAAUUGUUAGCAAUAUCAAAUCAACAUGGCAGAUCAACUGACAGAGGAACAAAUCGCUGAGUUCAAAGAGGCGUUCUCGCUGUUUGAUAAGGAUGGAGAUGGCACCAUCACCACCAAAGAGCUGGGCACCGUGAUGCGCUCACUGGGACAGAACCCCACAGAGGCAGAGCUGCAGGACAUGAUCAAUGAGGUGGAUGCUGAUGGAAAUGGAACCAUUGACUUCCCCGAGUUCCUGACCAUGAUGGCGAGGAAGAUGAAGGACACCGACAGUGAGGAGGAGAUCAGAGAAGCCUUCAGAGUCUUCGACAAGGAUGGUAACGGCUAUAUCAGUGCUGCAGAGCUGCGUCAUGUUAUGACAAACCUCGGUGAGAAACUGACAGACGAGGAGGUGGACGAGAUGAUCCGGGAGGCUGAUAUCGAUGGAGAUGGACAGGUCAACUACGAAGAAUUUGUGCAAAUGAUGACUGCAAAAUAAAAUGUGAAACCCAAAGGACCCCUUCACCAAACAAGACCAAACAGUGGGCAGCACUCUGUCAACACUCAACAAGCAUUCACAACCAUCC